GUCAUCUAGUGGAAUGGGAGAUCAGGUUCUACGUGCUCAUGCCAAAGACAAUACACAGUUGGCUAUAUUGAAAGAAUUAGAAGCCAUGAAACAUCUACAGGUUGAUUUCUGGCGCGGUCCUUCAAGGCCUAAUCUACCUGUGGACAUGCGAGUUCCUAAUGACAUUUUACAGCAAGUGAAGGUGUAUCUGGAAUCUAACAACAUUGAUUAUUCCAUCAUGAUAGAGGAUGUUCAGGAAUUGCUGGACCAGGAGCAUCAGGAAAUACAAUCUGCAAAGUUCCGGGAGAGGAGUACUAAUAGCUUUAGUUAUUCCACCUAUCACACAAUAGAAGAGAUUUACAGCUGGAUAGAUAGUUUAGUGAUGGAGUUCCCAAAACUGGUCAGCAAGAUUGAUAUAGGCCAGAGUUAUGAAGGUCGUCCAAUAUAUGCUUUAAAGUUCAGUACAGGUGGAAACAAACCAGCCAUAUGGAUCGACACUGGAAUUCAUUCUCGUGAGUGGAUUACCCAGGCCACCGGUGUUUGGACAGCUAAAAAGAUUGCAAGCAGCUAUGGUGUCGACUCAUCACUCACCGAUAUUCUGAACAACAUGGACAUAUUUCUGGAGAUUGUUACCAACCCUGAUGGUUAUGCAUACACCCACAGUACGAAUCGCAUGUGGAGAAAGACCAGGUCAAUCAAUGUGGGCUCUUCUUGUAUUGGUGUGGACCCCAACAGGAAUUGGAAUGCAGGUUUUGGAGGCCCUGGUUCCAGCAGUAAUCCAUGUGAUGAGACAUACCAUGGACCACAUCCUCAUUCUGAGCCUGAAGUUUACUCUGUUGUGGAUUUCAUUUUGGCUCAUGGCAAUGUGAAGGCUAUGCUAACUAUACACAGCUACUCGCAGAUGCUGCUCUUUCCAUAUGGCUACACAAAUAAUCUCGCACCAGACCACGAAGAGUUGAUGGAACUGGCCGAACGAACAGCAACUGCUUUGGCUUCUUUGCAUGGAACGCGAUAUACUUAUGGAACCACUAUUGCCACCAUUUACCGAGCGGAUGGCACAACAACCGACUGGGCCUAUAAUAACGGCGUCAAGUAUUCCUAUACUUUUGAAUUAAGAGACACGGGAAAAUACGGCUUCAUCCUUCCUGCUGAGCAGAUCAUACCUACAGCAGAAGAGACUUGGCUGGCACUCAUGACAGUUAUGGAACAUGUCAAGGAUCACCCAUAUUAAGUCUUUAAGUGUCUCUGAAAAAUAAAGAACUGAACAAAGUUACAUAAAAAAUAAAUAUGUUU